UAUUCUUCUUGACAAUUUCGCUAGAUUGUCGUUCCAAUGGUGUCCUAUCAAUAUCCCAUGAACAAGCUAGCCCAGGAGCUGAUGAACUUCUUCACGGUUGUUGUGGAUAAGGAGGAGUCUUCUGCUCCGGUACUGUUCCAGCGAUGCGGCGUGCUCAUUCGCUUUCACAUCGAGGAGAUUCCCGACCGUGGAGACAUCAGCAUCGCUAACAUCAGUAAGUAUUGGGAAGCCUACUGUCGUAAGCAGGGACGCAAGAUGCGCCAGGACACAUACAAGGAAAUGGACCUAAUGCUGCCCAAUGAGGCGGCAAUGCAGGGUCUAAUUGAGAAGGCCAAAGACUGGGUGUUCCCCCUGCAGGGGAUCACGCCCCUCUACAAGGAUCGCUGCGCGUUCAGCUUUCACCGUCGUCCGGUUAUUGCUUACGUUCUGAACGUAGUGCUCCAGCAGGGGGAUCGGUAUGGUCACAUCUCGAAGUCGGACAAAGCCCCAACUCUGUGCCUUGGUCAGAGCCCGAACACGACUCUCGACGAUGGGACCGAGCAGCUCGGUCAUUAUCGUCUCAGUCAGCUCCGCGUGAUUACCCGCCGCCUAAUGGCUUACUCCGCCUGGCGCCUGGUGGAUCCAGAUCAGCAGUCUGAUGACACUCUCCGCGUGACCGUAGAGGCUCAACGUUGCCCAAACCAGCCGACAGACCACGUUUGUCUGGUCUGUGGACCCGUACUGGAGCCCGUCGGGAAGACAGCCACCACAAUGAACAGAGACAGCUACGUUGCAUUGCGCUCAAAGGACAUGAUACUUAUGGCCAUGCAUCGCAAUGGCGUCCGCAUGAGUAGCUCGCACGGCGACUUCGAUGGCCUUAUCCAGCGCCUGGGCGCUGCUGCCGUGAUUGUGGAUCUGUUUGAGGUGCGCCAUGCCUCGGCGGCCAGUGUGGUGCGCAAUGGAUCGGGCGGCUCCAAGGGGGCCUCGUACAUUCUAUACAAUUCGGCCCGCCUGGAGACGCUGCUGCGUACCUUCAAUGCACAGGUGGAGGCAGGUGUCUAUCAGCCACUGCCGCCGCUGGACGACAUCGAUCUCAGCCUCUUGGAGGACGAUCUCGACUGGAAACUGAUCUACGGCUACCUACUGCCCUUCCCAGAGGUGGUCGAGUCCACGCUGAAUCUGCUGCAGCAGGGUCAGUGUGACGUGCACCUGUUGGUGCGCUACAUCAGUAGCCUGGCCGCAGUCUUCAGCCGCUACUACCGCCAGAAGAAGAUUCUCGUUCAGAUGCGAGACCAGCUGAUGCCAGUCCUCUAUGCCCGCGUCUACCUGAUUAAGGCGGUGCGUCAGGUGCUCAAUGUGGCCCUCUCGCUUCUCGGCAUAGAGCCCGUCACCUACAUAUAGAUAUAGUACAUAUUAUUCAUAGUUUUACCCAUUGGUCCAAUGACCAGCCACUACACUACUGCCACUACCCCCCACUGACCCAUGUAUUGAUGUAUUGAUGUAUAACUCUUCUGGUAUACGCACCUAUGUAUCUGUGUAUCAAAUUGUGCAUUAAUUGUUGAACAAUGAUUUAAGAAUAAGACUGAAGUCGAGGCUUAGAGUCGACUGCUCUUGAUGAA